AUGGACUUUCAAAUGCCACCACCAGAGAAUCAUAAAUUGCCCGAUACCUCUGAGACAUUGCAAAUAUCUUCUUUGGCUCUUCUUAAAAUGUUGAAACAUGGUAGAGCAGGUAUUCCACUAGAAGUGAUGGGUCUUUUAUUGGGUGAAUUUGUUGAUGAUUUUACCAUUAAAGUAGUGGAUGUUUUUUCUAUGCCACAAAGUGGCUCAUCUGUAACCGUAGAAGAUGUCGAUCCUGUUUAUCAAACAGAAAUGAUGGAUCUCCUAAAAAUGACUGGACGAAAUGAGUGUGUUGUUGGAUGGUAUCACUCACAUCCGGGAUUCGGCUGUUGGCUCAGUAAUGUUGACAUGUCCACUCAGUCUUCAUUCGAACAGUUAAAUAAAAGAGCUGUUGCUGUGGUAAUUGAUCCAAUCCAGAGUGUAAAAGGCAAGGUUGUAUUAGAUGCUUUUCGAUUGAUGCCUAAUCAAAUGAAUAAGAUGACCCCAUCGGAUGCUAGAGAAACAACUCGUAACAUUGGUUAUUACAACCCACCAUCUCUUGUUGCAAGUGUACACGGUCUCAAUAAAAUGUAUUACUCAUUCUAUAUAGAAUAUAGAAAAACUGAGAUGGAAGAGAAAAUGUUACUUAAUAUGAAUAAAAAGAGCUGGAUUGAUAAUUUGACACUCAAGAAAAUCGAUAAACUCAAAAAGAGUCAGAAAAUUAAGAGUUUGGCUGAAAACUAUCUAAAAAUGAAAGAAGAUGAGAAAUCAUGGACAAAAGAGGAACUUUCAAUGUAUAGAAUAGGAAAAUUGGAUUAUCGAAAGCAUUUAUUGGACUUGUGUGAAGAAUCUUCCAAUGAAAAUACAUUGAACAAGAUGCUGACAGCCAUUCACAAGAAGAUUCUUGGCAAAUAA